AUGAUUGUGCGGCGGGAAAAGGAAGUUCAAGUGAGUGAGCAGAGCCUAGAAGGCAAGCUGAGAGCGACGGAGGCUGAGCGAUCGGGAGGGGUUGGUGAGGAGGAGUCAAGCGAUGCUAUUAUUGUUCGGUUCGUUGCGGCGGCACCUUUACCGUUUUGCUCAAAGGCUGGGACUCGUUUGAAUGGAAUAUCGCAGACCACAUGUAUUCCUAAGCAGAGUAUCUCUUUCGACAAAUGUGGUAUAGGGAAUGGUAGAGGGUUAAAUCCGGACAAGGACCAAUAUCUUCUUUCCUCCUACAUAGGCGACUUUGCUACGAGUUACAAGUCAUACAAAGUACAACGUUAUACAGCCCGGGUCUCAGCCACAACAGUCCACAAGUCCUACGCCCAGCUCAACUGCGCCACAUACGCGCAUGUUUGA